GGAAGUGGGGUUCGGUUACGGACUUGUCGAGAAGCGAAAUAAUUGAAUUCUGCUUUCCUUGGCAAUCAGAUGACAUGGUUUGACAUUUUUGGCUGAAAACAAGUUUUUGGUGGGAUAAUCUGGUUACGGAUCGGUGAAAGCAUAUAAAUUGUCGUUGGUGAGUGUAAUUUCAUUUUCAUCAGGUAGCUUAAUUAAUCAUAUGGAUAUUUCAUACUCCGCUAAAAUUUAAAUUCAGUGUCUUUCGACUAGCUCAAGCCUUCGAUUGUCUGAAAAGAAUAAACAAAACCUUCUACCGUAUUUACACCAAUCUCUUAUUGAAGGUCUACAAGGCAUAAAAAUAAUACAGCUUCAGGAAUUAAAACCAGCGGUAAAAUCGCUUUGAUUUACACGGGUUAUCUCGAGUCAUGCAUAGGGGAAAUAGCAAUCGUCCUCGUAAGGAACCAAUUUAAGUAACAGAAACCAAAAUACGUAAUUGUUUGCUAUGUCCAGAGAAUGGUUCACAAGACAAAGUAUUCUUUAGUAGGAUGAUCAUUAUUGUUCUAGAUUACUUAGUAAACAUUUUAAACGUAAACUCACAGUCAUUUUCCCGGAAAUCAAACUCCUACUUCCUUCUCAUGAAUGCUUAGAACAAAUAGAGAUUAAUUUUUUAUAACGCGGAAAUCACGAAAGAUACACACAGAGCAAAAAAAAAACAGAAACAUGUAAACACGUGAAGUGAAGUAUUUAAAACUACAUUUAGUCAUCAGUUUACCACUACCUUCUGUUAUAUUUAAGGUUUCACAUUUCAGCUUUCAGCAGGCUUCAGGCAAUGUCAUUACUCUGAAGCAGUAUAGAUUGAACAAACAUUGCUGAAGAAUGAACGCUGACUUGCACUUUACUGCAAAAAGGUGACAGAAGCCACCAAAACUGAGUCAGUUAACAUUUAGAUAAAUGUUAUCCUAGAUUUGCUGAUUGUGGCCACUUAUGGGGAAAGUCACAGUGUAAAUGUAUGCUUCAACCCUUAAGACCUCAACACUGAUCAAAGUGCAAGUUCUCCAUACUAUCUUCUAUACACCUCCUUUAGUACUCAGAAGGAUAUUUGUUUGGCAAUCAAGAGCUUCUUGAGUAUGUGAUCAUUUCCUUUAUUCCCAUUACCUUAAUGCUCAACUCAAGGGUAAUGCUUCUGGGAGGAAUAAGAUGCUUAUCUCCCUUCGGGGUUAAAGAGUUAUAUUCUCUAAGGUAAAAAUUAUGGGUUUUUCAUGACAAGACCACAAUAAACCCAUGGAACUUUUCCUACAUUAUUUGCAGGAUCUUUAAAGUAGGCAGAUGAGAAAACCAACUCAGAAAUGGCUGAUCCACUGUUUCAGCACUGGUUUCAUGGUCGUAUAACUCGUAUAGAAGCAGAAGAGAUUCUGGCACGUAACGGCAAGAAAGAUGGGUUAUAUCUGUUGCGUGAAAGUACUGCUUCAGCAGGAAGCUAUGCUCUUUCCAUGUGCCAUAACAACAAGAUUAUUCAUUAUCACAUUCAACGGCAUUCUGAUGGUACAGUUGCCAUAGAAGAUGGUAAGAAGUUCCCAGGACCUGUGGAACUAAUACAUCAUCAUCGCACUUGCCUGGAUGGGCUUUUAGCAAGGCUGACUGAACCAUGUAAUAGGCUUCCAGGGGUACCACCAAAAACAUACUCUGGUGCUAAUCAGGAACACAUCAAAGAUGCGGCUAUUGCUGCGAUGGCAUCUAUGGGAAUACAGGUUUGUUGGAACCAAGUACAUACUUGUAUGCACAUUUCCAAAGUGAAUUCAACUAAAAAUUUGAUUGUAAGAAUUCCUUAAGGGUAUAUUGUACAUGUUGGCUUUAGGUAUACUAGACCCAGUGAUAAUAAGUUAUUUAUUUAUUUAGAAAGAUGUAAUGUCUAGAAUUACUUGGUAUUAGGCAAUGCAUAUAAGUAUGCUUCUUAGUAAAAGUAAAUUAUUUGAAUGUCUGAAUGAGAUUUUGACAGACUGACUGACUGACUGACCAGCUAUUAUUGAGUGGGUGGCUCACAGACUGACUGACUGACUGACUGACUUACUGAGUGGGUGGGUGACAGACUGACUGACUGGCUACAAUGGAGUGGGUAGGUCACACAUUGACUGACUGGCUAUUAUUGAGUGGGUGGGUGACAGACUGACUGACUGGCUAUUAUUGAGUGGGUGGGUGACAGACUGAAUGACUGGCUUUAAUGGUCAGUGGGUGGGUCUCACAUUGACUGACUGGCUGUUAUUGAGUGGGUGGGUGACCGAGGCUGACUGAUAAACUUACUAGCUAGUUGAAUGAUGGACUGAUUGACAGACUGACUGAUUGAAUGAUGUACAGACUGAUUUACUGACUGACUGACUGACUGACUGACUUGAUAACUGAGUGGGUGACUGACUGACUGAUCAAAAAGAAAAUGGAUCGCAACUGUUAUAGUGUCUAACUAAAUGACUAAUACAAGCUGGGAGUAAGGGUUUCAGGUUAUAAAUGAUUUUGUCAUGGUUCUCUAGGAUGGAGAUGAAACCACUGCAACUUUGAUGAGAGCUAAGUUGGAGAGUGCAAUAGGUUCAGUUUUGCACAAAAAUCAAAUCUGGUUCCAUGGAGUAAUUUCACGUGAGGAAGCUGAAAGAAGGCUUGCUACAUUAGGAUGCCAAAAUGGGAUGUUCCUUAUCCGUGAAAGGGAUCCAGGAUAUGUGCUUGGUUUGUGUUACGAGGGCUCAGUAGUCCAUUACUUGUUUGACAUCGAUCAGCAAGAAAGAUUAUCAAUAAAAUCAGGUCCAAAAUUUGACAACCUGAUGUUAGCUGUGGAUCAUUACUCUCAGCGAGAAGAUGGUCUUCUCUGUAAGUUAAGCGAGCCCUGUAGCAUGGAACUCUUUGAAACUGGAAGAAGGAUUUCCAUGGGUGCGCGACCACCAAGUGUCUCUGAUCAAGAACCAAGAAUAGUUACUGGCAACAGACCACCUAGUAGAUCAUUCAACGACUCUUCUCCAUUUGCAGGAAACCCGUUUCUUCAGGGUAGAACUACCAAUGUCCCAGACCUUCUACAUGGAGGUUAGUUAUUGAAAUGCAUAGACUGCUGGAUUCACCUUUCAAAUUUCUUUUAUUUCCUUGUGAAACGUAGGGAGAAUUAAUUUUGCAUCAAAAGCCAGUUAACCCUCUAUACCCUAACAUUAGCAUGCAGAUUCUCCUCAUUGUUCCAUAUACAUUUCCUAAGGUGCUGAUAAGAAGAAUUUGUUCAACAAUCAAGAGCUGGUUUAGUUGGUGAUUGUUUCCUUUACUCUUCUGACCUUAAUGUUCAAUUCAGGCGUGAUAUUGUUAGGAGAAGUUAGAUGCCAGUGAUUCUUAGGUUUCAAAGGGUUAAGGCUCUAUUCUUUGCACACUCUCACUCCUGCAGUUGUAUAUGUUUUUUACAGUGGAGCUCUGUUAAUGUGAUUCUAUGGGAUCAUUAAUUAAAAUUUUAUGACAAUCAGAGUACAGUAAUUUGCAACUUGAUUGCCACAGCCUUAAAAGGUGCUAAAAUAAGACUAAUGAACCUUUUGGAUUUAUGUUAAAUCAUCUUUCUCUUGAGUGAAAUACAGACAGUUAUUAAGAAGACAAUAAUUUUGUUUGGAAAAUAUCACAUACAGUCAAACCUGUAUUAAGCAGUCACCCAAGGGGAAUGAUGUGAUGACUACUUAAAACAGAUACCACAGUUAGGGGUUUUAUGAAAAACAAUAAACAAUGCCACUCCAUACCAUAAUUGACCACUUAUUGUGCUCGGGAAUACUACUCACUUUAAUUUUGGGAGAGAAACAUGGAUUAGGUAUUACUUGAAAGAUUAUUAUUAGUCUAUUUGUCAUAAGUGGUUCCGCUGUCAGUGAUGGUUCAGUAUACAGGUAUGGUACAAUAGAAACAGGCAGUUGGAACUCAGAAAAGGGUUAUCAUCUGUGCAUCUGUUCUCUAAUAGAUCAUAAGUAAGAACCAUUCAAAAUUGUUUAAUUAAGUUGAAGACUGUGGGUUGAACAAGACAUGGCUGAGUCGUUGCAUUGUGUUCUUGGGCAAGAUAUUCUACUUCUGUAGAAUCUCUCUCUGCCAAGGAAAAUGGGGGAAGUUACAAUACUCCUGGUCACUUCCAGAAACCAGGUUAAUCUCUGGCUGAACAGGUACAACUUGACUCUAUAAUUGUCAUUCUUGACCCUUUCUUUUCUACCUUGCCAGUUCCCAGAUCUCCACCAAGGAACCCACCUCCUCCUCUUCCCAGUGUCCCUCCUCCAGAAUCUAACAGAAAUUCUGGCCCUCCACGGCUGCCCCCCAGACCUUCCCCAGCCUUACCUGUCAGCCCAAGAGGAAGAGGUGCACAACCCCCACCAAGCCCAUUUUUUAAGGAGAGAAAAUUGCCAGCGUCACCAACACCAUCAGGUUAGUUGGAAAUUGGCAGAAAUUGUACUUUAACCCUUUAACUCCCAUGAGUGACCAAUAGAGAAUUUCUCCUUACAGAGUUGAUGCAAUAUGAAGUAGACAAGUGAUGAGGAUAAAGAAAAAUAGCAACUAGGGGAUAAUUAAUUGAUCCAAUACUAAAUUCUCUGAACCAACAUAAUUAUAAGAAUUGUAGGAGAAUUACAAAUUUGAUCUGGGAAUUAAAGGGUUUAUUUUGAGGAAUAAAUUACAAUAUUUCAGAGCUGUUGAUGUGCAUCGAAAAUGAAAAAAGUAUGUGUUUCUUUAUAAUUAGAGCAUUUUACACUCUUUUUCAAGGCAAAAAAAUUUUCAAGUCAAGUGUGAUAAAGUAGUUCUCAAAAACCUUGUUAAUAUAUUCUGAUUGCACCAUUAACCCUCUAUACCCCAAUAUCAGUAUGUAUAUUCUCCAUACUGUUCUCCAAUUGCACUCUUAAGUUGCUUAUAAGGAGAAUAUACUUGACAAUCAAGAGUUUCUUCAGUGAGUGAUAAUUUCCUUUAUUCUCAUGACCUUAAUGUGUGAUUCAGGGGUGAUAUUGUAUAGAGAAAUUAGGUUCUAGUCUGACUCUUACAUGUAGAUGUCCGAGGGUUAAGCUGAUUGCUUUGUUCAUACUUGUGUACUUUCCAAUUCUGUAAAAUUGACAUGAGGAAGUUAGGUUACAUGUAUAGGGCUGUUUCAAGAAAGGUUGUUGGAAAAAAAGCAGUACUCUUCAGGUCACAGUUGACCUCAGGAUUUCAGGGGAAUCUGAGAAAACAUCUCUGUAAGGAUAAGGCAUAACAACUUUUUAAAAUUGUUUCAUUUAUUUGAGUUGAUGAAAUUCGUGAUGAUCUGAUACCCAGAUUACCUUUUCGAGAUCUUUACCUUUCUUUAUUCAUUUGGUGGCCAAUUUAACUUAUAAACUCAUUGAUAAUACAAAAUUACCCUUUCUGGAAAGAGUCGUGUGUCUGCUGGGUUCUCAGGUGUAUUUUCUGUAACACAUAUUUUUGAUCCAUCCUUUAGCAGCAGCAGCAGGUGCUUCUGGAGGUGCAGCAUUUGAGGCGAUAUAUGACAGCAUCAAAAUGAAGAAAAGCUCCUUUUACUUCAAUCAGUUUAAAGAUAUGCAAGCAAAAAAGCUCAAGAGUGAAAACUUGAGACUUGAAAGAGAACUAGGUGGGUUAACCCUUGUACUCCCAAGAUCCAUUUGCUAAUUCUCCCCUCUAGCUGCUACACAUGUUCUUGUAAAUUAGUUAUGAGAAUGUGGUGUUGCAUGCAGAUCAAGAUUACAACUUCUUCCUGAUAGGUAUGAAUAUUAUACAUUAGAUUUGCUAUGAAAACUCUGCCAACUCAGAGAUAAGUGUCUUCUUUAAUUUAUUGAAUUUUUAUUGAAUUUGGCUUUGGCAUGACUUCAUGAAUUAUCAAACUUCAUGUCUGUUAUCCACCUUAGCCCUUGGCUUUGGCAGGUAACUUGGAACUCAGCAUUGAUAAAACCUGAUAUCAUGCUAAACAUCAUCCAAUAACUGCUUAUUAUUCACAUUGCAAUCUCAUGUAUGGAUAUUGUUGGGAGAAGUUGCAUGUUAAUCACCAGUUCCCCCAGGCUCUGUUACUCCAUAAUCCUGUUCUACUCUAAAAGUAAAGUGAACAUUGACCAGUUGUUCCAAAAUUAAACAUGCAUUAACUGUGCCAACCAUUUCUCCAUAGAGUCCCACAUAAUAUUCUAUUUUUGAACAGUAAAAUAAUGAAAGCACAAUUUUGUCUGGGGCAAUUUUCGUUCAAGUGCAGGUUUGUUCAUUGUGAUUACUCAGGUUUUGGUUUUUCAACACUCAAUCAAAAUGCACUCUAUUAUAGGCCAUGGAAAUUUUGGCUCAGUUCUUAAGGGAGAGUACACGAAGGCAAAUGGGGAGAAGAUUCCAGUGGCUGUUAAGAAACUUAAAUCUGAAGAAAUGAAUAAUCCACGAGUAAGUCUGUAUAUGUCAAAAUAAUUUUCCAUUUUCCAUUUAGUGAUGAUUCUAUUUUGUCCACUAAUGGACAAGUACAUGUAUUCAAGGGCAUGCAGCAUGUAAUUCAGCUAUAUGCUGUUAACUCUCUCCCAAGAUCUGAUCAUUAAUUCUCCCCCCUAGCUGAUACACAUUUCCUCAUAUAUUAUAGUUAGUCGAAAUACAAGAAUUUGGUGUUAGGUCAAGAUAACAACUUUUACCUGAUAAUUUUGAGGAUUCUCCUUACCUAUUUGCUGAAUGAUGUAUGGAUAUUAUAGGGAGAGGUUACAUGUUUAUCACCUGUGGGAAUGAAAGGGUUAAGGGAGAAGGUUCUAACAUACAAUCAGUGCAUGACCUCAUCUCAUCUUGUUAUUCUAAUCGUGCAAACUAACUCGAGGAACCAUCAGCAUGUUGGAGUUUGUAUGUUGCCCUUUUACUACUAAGAUCUGGCUGGAAGUUCUUCUUACAGACUGUCGCACAACUUUUAAUUUUCGAGUUAUCAGAAUUAAUUUUUUUGUUUUAAAAAGUUACACACUGUGACAGUGUUUAACUUCCAUGAUGGUUACAUUUUGUUUCAAGGCUUUUUACAGCUAUCUUCACAAUGAUCUGAUUCUAUCUAUGGCAUGAGAUAUUCUUAAUGCAACACAUUAUCAACCGAUUUUAAUGAUUUUCUUCAUAUUUUUUUUUCAGUCUGAAAUUAUACAUGAAGCUGAAGUUAUGAUGAAGUUGGAUCACCAAAAUAUUGUUAGAAUAAUAGGUAAGUACAGAGUCAUUGAGGGACAUUUUUAUUUUCAAUCUGUUGAAGGGCUAAUGCUUGAAACACACCAGUUUCAAAAACUCUUAUUGAUUAGAAAUAAAAUAAUAUAUAAAUACUAAUAAUAAGAAGAAUACAGUAAAUGGGAUGGAAUUUAUCAGUGGAAAUUGCCAGAGGUGGCUCUUCUUGCCCACUGUUUCCAGGUCAAAUUGGAAUUUAGAAUGUUGGCUUUUGUGGAGGGAGGAAAACCAGAGAACCAGGAGAAAAACCUUCAGAGCAUGGACAGUUAACAACAAACUCAACCCACAUAUGAAAACAGACUUGGGAAUCGAACCCAGGCCACAGUGUGGGGAUGCAAGCAUUCUCAGCAUUGUGUUAUCCCUACUCCCUUGAUUAAACCAGAUUAUGUUGUAAUACUCCAUACCAAUGCAGCACCACAGUUUCUUUGGAAACCUAACCAUAUACUUUUACUAUAGCAAAGGUUGACUUCCUAAGAAUAGAUAUUGCUCUCUGCUUGAUAAGCUACACUGCUGUAUCUUCAGUUUAAAAAGCAUCGGCAAAUUACUUUUUUGAUGAGACAGAUAAACCACAACAUAGAAAAUUUUGAUACAAUGUAAAAGCAGCAUGAGAAAUGAUGGCCAAGGAUCGAAAAAUUGAAAAAAGCCUGUAAUUUAUAGGGCAAAAUGUUUGAAAGUUUUCAUUUUAAAUGAAAACUUUCAAACAUUUUGCUUUUUUUUUUUUAUCAAAUUUGCAUUCUGUAGUGGAGCUUUUCAAUUUCUUCAAUUCUCUUAACAGGUAUUUGUAAAGACACAACAGUUAUGCUAGUGAUGGAACUUGCUCCUGAAGGUCCCUUACACAAAUAUCUCAAAAAACACAAGUAAGCUUAUUAUAAUAAACAGUUCUAGAUUUAGAUUACUUGUGCCUUACCUCAACCACUGGACUGAAUGACCUCAGUCUGUCAGCUUAACCAUUUAACUCCCAUGAGUGACCAAGCAGACAAGUGAUGAGAAUAAAGAAAAAUAUCAACUAGGGGAUUAUUAGUUGAUCCAAUCCUGAAUUCUCACAACUAACUUCAUAAGAAUUGUGUGGCAGGCAGUAAAGAGAAUUUCUAAUGAGAUCUUGGAGUUGAAUAAGUUGGAUAGUAAAUGACUUUCUUAGGAGUCGCUGGGCAAGAGAGUGACUGAAACAAUUACUUCUUGUUAGAGCUAGAGAUAUUUCAAAACAAAUUUAAUGAUGGUAAGGAAAUGAUGUUAUCAAAGGAGUGCAAUCUGUUUUCAGUACUCUCCGUUUCUCUAGUUUCCACUUCAUUAUAGUGAUCACUCUGUCCAUUUUUGCAGGUCUUUGCCGAUGUUCAAAAUUUUUAUUAUAAUGUUGCAAGUUGCCGAGGUUAGUAAGUUCUAAAAGUGCUUUUCGUUUGAGUGUCAUGUAAUCGCAACAGCCAAUCAGAUGACAACAAGAUAUCAUAAUCAGCCAAUGAGAGCUUAUAAAUACAAAAAAAUGUCUGAAGUGCGAGUGAGAGAUUCUUGUUUUAGUUUUACAUGAACAUGAUCUACGACCGGUCAGACUCACGGCGACACUGAAUAAUUGUUGAAUAGACAGCGAGAAGCGUAGCUAAUCAAAUUGAAGCAUUUCUUACUUAAAGACUUAAAUAAAUUAGUAGUCUGAAGAGAUAUUAGUAUAUGCCACACAGGUUCAUAGUGCUUUUCGCGCUCUGAUUGGCUGGUUCAGAAGUGAUUAGCAAGUAUUAUUAUUCUUAUCGAUUUGACUUCUGUUCACAGGGAAUGCAGUAUCUCGAAAACAUGCAGUUUGUGCACAGAGACCUUGCUGCUAGAAAUAUUUUAGUUGUCAAUGAAGACUUCGUCAAGAUCAGUGACUUUGGAAUGUCUCGUGCAAUGGGAGCAGGAAGUGAUUAUUACAAGGUUGGUGUCCCUACAGUGUAAUAAAACAGAGAUAGAGUGGUCAUUGCAGUUAAUCAGGGCGAAGAAAAAAAUUUAUGGAAAGAGCAAAUGAAAACUCGUAGUAAAAACAAGCAAACUGCUAGAAGCGUGAGAAAACGCGAGUGAGUCGCUAAUGCUUUUGAUUUUGUACAUUGUACCUGGUUGGUUGAGAGGGUAGCGCGAGUUUUUCUUAUUCAAUCAAUGUGGAGAAAGAAAAACCAAAGCAACGACGGAUUACGUUUAAAGCGCUUUUCGAUUGAGGUUCGCUAAACCAAAACCAAAGCAAUUGCAACAGCUUAUCAGAAGAAAGGAAAAUUUCCUGAAGAACCAAGAGAACUAAAAGUAAACCGCUCAAAGCGCGGGAAAACGCGGGCGGCCAAGUGGCGAUUGGUGUUAAUUUUGCAUCUGAUUGGUUUAGAGAGUGGCGCGAAUUUUGUGGACCAAUCACAGAGCAAAGUAAAGCAAAAGCAAUGCAGUCCCGCACUACUUUUGAUACUCAAUCGAAAAUUGCUCCAUACGAAAGUUUCUUAGUUUACGUGGUAAUAUGUAAUCUGUUCUCUAAUAUUGUGUAGGCUGGUAAACCGGGAAAAUGGCCCCUAAAGUGGUAUGCUCCAGAGUGCAUUUACUACCGGAAGUUUAGCAGCAAAAGUGAUGUGUGGAGUUACGGUGUCACGCUAUGGGAGGCCACAUCGUAUGGGAAGAAACCAUACGAGGUAAAGUAGUAAAUUCACAGGUCACACAGGUUAGGUUACUUUCUUAACAUCUGGUCACGCACUUGUGUGACGCAAUUUUUUCAACUCAGUUUACUUUUCGUAUGAUCGUUAAGAGGAGGGUAGCCCUGAAAGUGGAUUUGUCGCAAGUAGACGUAGUGCUUAGUAAAUUUCCAUGAGAUCUACCUCUGUAUUAAGCGCAAGAAUAAUCCCCUUCCGUGUGAAGGUCGUUAUACUUUAGUUCGUGUUUUGACGUUAAAAAUUUCUCUUUUCCUAGGGACUCAACGGACAGGUAAUUCUGGAGAAGAUAGAAGCUGGUUACAGACUACAAUGUCCAGAAAAUGUGCCACCAAACGUGUAUGAAGUGAUGAGAAGUUGUUGGGAGUACAGGUAGACUUUCUGAAAAUUAUUUAAUGGUUCGCCUUCUAACCUUUUUUCCUUUUAGCAUUUGCCUGCUAUUGAUGAACUUGACUUGAGUUUUUCAAGAUGCACAAACUUUGACGAACUAUAGCUCCUCCAGAUACGUUUGAUGAGAUAGGAACACUUUUUAGUUGAGCGUCGAAAGUCAUUAGGAAUUUUAUUUGUUUUGCUUCACUUUGCUCUGUGAUUGGUCUACCAAACUCACGCCACCUUCUCAACCAAUCACAAUUAAAAAUGAAACAAAUCACUACUUGGUCACCCGCGUUUUCGCGCGCUUCAGAGCGUUUGCUCUUUUUACGUGGAGUUGUUAUUGGCUACCUGGAUAUUUUCCUUUGUCCUGAUUGGCCGGUGUUACAAGCAAGUUGACUUUGUUUUUGUUGUCCUUACAGAGAGGAGAGAAGGCCAACGUUCCAGUCCCUGGCUCAACAGCUGGCCGACGCAUUAAUGGAAUUGAAGAACACUGAAGAAUACCAAACACAGUACCUGGUGUGAUGAAUCUUGCUGCAUUUGAAUUCCAUGUGUUUUAUUAAAAUUGUUAUUCUUGGCAAUGCAGAUAGAUUCAAAAUGAUUAUUGUUACUAACAUGAAAUUAUAGAGACUUCUUUUUGAUUGCGUAAUGCUAUGACAAAUCCAGUCACUUUCUAUGACGUUAUUUUGAGUCAGGACUCGCUUUCGUAAGGAAUUUCAAGUGCAGUCAUUUUAAUUCAUGUCGUGCUAUGUCAUGUAACCAUGUCAUGUUCUGUCAAGUAGUGUCAAAAUCUUAUAAUUAGUCAAUUAUGGCUGCGACGGUUGAAACACCAUCUUGAAUAUUUUGUGGCAUAUCACUACUCAGCUGAGUACAAUUAUGAAUAUUUAGUUUAUUUUCUUGAUUGCGACUAUGAGUUCUUUUUAAACAGAUUCCUAUCCAUCCUAGUUUCGUAUCGGUACAAAUUACUUGUAGCUAGAUAGGAAGAGAAUUACAUCAAGAAUUGAUCGCCAUCUGGGGUGCUGCUCCGGCAAAAUCUGUUUAACAGUGCUUUACUCCGUUCAGAGAAUUUUGCCUUUUCACUACCACAGAGAAAAUAUUAGAAAACUUCUUUAUUCUCAUAACCUGUCUCUUUUCAAGGUUUUGAUUGAGUUAUUUUCAAUUGAGUGUCUUUAUUAUUAGCUUUGUUUUACUUCGUUAUGUUAUUGGUCAAGGAAAUUUGGUCGCCUGCGUGUUCCUGCGCUUCGGACCAGUUCGUUGGUUUCUCGUGAUCUUUCCUUUGAUCUGAUUGGCUGUUGUAAACUUUUGGUUUGGUAUUACGGCAGUCAGUCAAAAUACACUAAAUUGUGAGGAUAAGUUACUUAAUGCUCUCCUCUGGAAGUCAGUUUUGAAAUGAGGUUUGCGGUUACCAU